AUGCUUCAACUUAGACAUAUUGCUAGGCUUCUCAUCAAACAUUCCAUUGGCAAUGGUGCUAAUACAUCCUUCUGGUGGGAUAACUGGGCACCAGGUGGACCACUGUGCUCUAGAUUUCCACUUAAUCUACUAAUUGAAGGUGGGUUUAUUGAAGGAAUCACAGUGGAAAAUUUCAUUGUUAACAACAAUUGGGCUUUCCCAAUCACUCUCACCAAUGCCAUACCAGAAUUGCUCAACCUACUUGCACCAUGCAUUUUUAGAAGGGACACUAAGAAGUGGAUGGCUUCUCCUACUGGCCUCUACUCAUUCAACCACACUAUUGCACAUUUAACUGGUGACCUUCCUACUGCCCCAUGGCACAAUCUAGUUUGGCACUCUCUAACCAUAGCAAGAAUGAAGUUCAAUCAUUGGCUGGUUGCCCAAUCCAGAUUGCCACCCCUUGACAGGAAAUCAAUGGCCAACCACAACAACAUUUGUUCUUUGUGUAGCAUGUCUACUGAGUCUCAUGACCACCUAUUCUUCAAUUGCUCCUUCAUCUCCCCUCUGUGCCGUUUUAUCAAAUACAAAUGCAACAGUCAUAUAGCAAUUAAGAAUUGGGAAACUUUAGUACUGUGGGCAAGUAAUCAAUGGAAAGCAAACAACCCUACAAAUCUACACAGGAAAUUGGGGUUAUCUACUUUGGUGUAUCAUUAUAUCAUACCUGGGAAGAGAGGAAUGCCAGAAUAUUCAGAGGUCAGAAGGCUUCACAGAAGGUUGUAUGUGCUAAGAUCUCCUCCACCAUUGCUGCAAUUUUGA